AGAUCUCGCCUCCUCUGGGAGGCAGCCCCGCCCGGCUGUAGGCAUGGCCGAGGAGACGGAAAACUACGACCCCAUCGGAUCCAUAUUAAUCCAGGUCCAUGAAGAACUUUAUCAAUUAAAGGAGAAAUUAACAAAAUUCCCACUUGAGGAAAAAGGCGAAACUCUUGACAUUCAGAAUCUUGAAACAGCAAUCAAAAGGACUGAAAUGGGGUUAAAAAUUCACAUCGAGAAGUAUUUAAAUGUUGUACACCAACAUGUUUUAACAACUCCUAUUGAUGAUAACUUAUAUUCUUCUUGUGCUUCCAAAUGGUUGCUUCCAGCUGUAAUUGAUCAGAAAUCAUUUAUUUUCCCUCUGGAAUCUGAGGGGAAACUUUGGCAACCCCCAAGACAGCACAGUUCACUUCCACAUGCCUUUCCAAGAGUAAAGAGAAAGACAGGGUUGAAUAUAAAAAUCAUGCAGGAUCCUGAAAACAUCCACCACAGAGCUGCUGUAAAUGCGACCUAUGGAAUCAGUUUGCCAUAUAUUAAUCAGAGAAAAGCAUGUGUAUUUUAAGUAUGAGAGAACAAGGAUUGAUUCCACCAACAGCAAGAAUUACCUUUCAGAAUCCACCCAUUACACCCAGAGCGGCUCCUCUGCAUAGUUUUGAUGAAGCACAUAAGAUU